CUUUUCUGCUCAUCCUUAGUUGUAUCCGCCUGCUUGUGCUUCUUUUAAUCAAAUAGAAGAUCUGCCAUGUGACUCACUGCUCGUUUGACAAAAUGUGUACCUCCAUCCAAAAUAAACGACAGUGCCGGUAGUUCGGAUUUUUUCUCUCGACAGUUUAGCUAAGCAGCUUACGGAUGGCGAAUUCUAAAAUGACGCUCAUGUAGUCUAGAUAUUCGACGCAUUUUCAGGAAAUCCGCGAAUCCUCCAUUCUACUUUUGAUCACAAGUGAAGAUUUUAUUAGGAGGAGGAAUUUACAGAAUCCUCCAUUCUACUGCUAUCAUUUAUAAUAUCGGCUUUAUUUUUGGCAUGAAAUUUGGCACAACUUCUGACAUCAUAAUUUUCUCAAGGGAUCUCAAACCUAUUAAAAAUUGCAGCAAAAACAACACUGAUCGAUUAGGCAUUAUCAACAGCAAACAAUGAAGCUUCUAAGGUCAAUAGAACUCACUUUAUCCUCACUUCUUUUUGUUAUUCCAUUACUAGUUGUUGAAUCAUCAUCUGCGAGUGAUCCUUUAGUUAGCAGCAACAUAACAAGAGGUUCAUCACUUUCUACUUCCUCUAGUGAUAGUAGUCCUUAUUGGCUUUCUCCUUCUGGUAAUAUUGCUUUUGGUUUCUACCGGUUACCAUGUACACGCUGCUUACCAAAUGGUAGUGAUCGAUAUGUUGUUGGUAUAUGGUUUGUUAAAUCGUCACAACAAACUCUAGUUUGGUCUACUAACCGUAAUGAUUUUCUAUUGCACAAACCAUCUUCGAUUAUCUUCACAGAUGAAGGAAAGUUAAUGUUGCGGAUUAUGCCAGGUAAUAAAGAGAAACCUUUACUACCCGAUGUGCCAGAAGCAGCAUCUUAUGCAAAGAUGCAUGAUGAUGGCAACUUGGUUUUAUAUGGUUCAUCCUCUCAAAUUAUGUGGGAAAGUUUUGAUUAUCCUUCUGAUACCAUACUCGGCGGUCAAAAAUUAAGACCUGGAAUUGAUCUUAUCUCUGGUAAUUACAGGUUAUCACUUGAUCAGACUGAUGGUUCUGUUGCUAUAUAUAAAAAGUCAUAAUGGAGAGAGUGCAUCUGAAAUGUCAUACUCGCUUGAGGGUUCACUAAGUACGCCAGUAAUCCUACGUUUAGACAUUACCGGUAAGUUAUAUCUUGAAUGUUCCGAUGAUACGGUAAAAGUUUUUUACCAUGAGAAGCAAAAACAACAAGUUAAGGAGGAGGGGGUUUAUAUGUACAGAGCAGCAUUGAGUUUAAUAGGGCGUUUGAAUUUGCACAAGGAAAGAAUCGACGGAAAUGACAGUCAUGAUAAUGAUCGGAAAUCCUCUUCGAUUGUAUGGUCAUCGUCGUCUUAUGUAAGGGAUACUAAAAGGGAUGAUUCAUUGAAAGAAGUAAGAAUUGUAUUACCUUUUGCCCUUGGGAUGUCUGUUCUCGCGGUAGGCACCUUUUUACUGUGUAAACGAUGUAGUGGAAAAAGGGAUGAAACCGCAAGUGCAUGAUUUAUAAUUAGCUAGGUUAGAACAUAAUAAAUUUUCUCUUUUGAGAAAGGAGUAUGUUGUAGUUUCUUACUUGUCUCUUGCUUUUUCUACAAUAAAUUUCCCUAUUACAUA